GCUUCCCCUUAGCUAGCACCACCGUCACACGCCGAGGUUGGUAGCUCUUCGCCGGCGCCGGCAGCCCAGGACCACGUACAUCGAUCGAUCGAUGGGGCGGCAGCCGUGCUGCGACAAGCUGGGGGUGAAGCGUGGGCCGUGGACGGCGGAGGAAGACAGGAAGCUGAUGGCCUUCAUCCUUGGCAACGGCGGCCGCUGCUGCUGGCGCGCCGUCCCCAAGAUGGCGGGGCUGCUGCGCUGCGGCAAGAGCUGCCGCCUCCGCUGGACCAACUACCUCCGCCCGGACCUCAAGCGCGGCCUCCUCACGGACGACGAGGAGCGGCUGGUCGUUGACCUCCACGCAAAGCUUGGCAACAGAUGGUCCAAGAUUGCUGCCAAGUUACCAGGAAGGACAGAUAACGAGAUUAAGAACCAUUGGAACACACACAUCAAGAAGAAACUUAUCAAGAUGGGCAUAGAUCCGGUUACACACGAGCCACUCGACGGACGGAAACAACCGCAACAAGAAAGCCCCACUACCACAUCCGCACAUUCCUCCACCGUCACGGCUGAAUCCAAGUCUAUGGACGACCAACAAGAGAACAAACACGUUAACGACACAGACAAGGAUGUUACAUCGUCUGGGGAAGAGUCUAGCAUGCCACAAUCGUCAAGCGUGAACACUACGACUAGUGUGGGCAUCACUAACCAUGACCAGGACCCGUUGGUGAAGUGGCUGAUGGAAGAGGAGGAGGACAUGCCCAUUGGCGUUGUUGAUGAGUCGUGGCUUGACUUAACAGCUAGUGACAACAUCGACGAUCUCAACAUCAUCACCGCUACCACCCCAUGGGACAUCGUUGGAGCUACGGACUGGUUGCUCGACUACCAAGAUUUUGGAGUAGAGGAAUCGAGCUUGCUAGUGGACGUCUCUAUGGUCGACAACUCAAGCAGAUCAAAUCUCUAGUGGUCUACCUACAUCUAGCUAGCAAACGGUUGGAGAAGAUGCCAACAUGUGUUGUAUAGUGGAGCAGAUAAUAAGAUUCUCUCUCAUCUGGAUCCAUUUAAUUCUUGGAUUGAAGAAUUGAGUGAUACAUAGGUUAGUGUUAUUGUGUUGCAUAUUUUCCCCUUGUGGUUCAAGGGGCUUAAUCAAAUUGUUCCAUUAGAAAUA